CUGAGCUGUGCCGAUCCAGGUAAUUAUCAGUUUAUAAACCCUUGAGCCCAUCCCUCGACACUCACAACCAGGGUCCUUCCUUCUCUGCUGCCUCUUGCCAUUCUAUCCCUCCUCUGCCUCCAAAUCUCUGCAGAACUCAUCAAACGCAACGCCAAGAACAAGCAAGCAAUCAUGCCGAAGCUUCUUGCAGCAGUAAUGCUCCCUAUGCUCUCGUUGAUCGUGCUGCGCGCGUGCACGCGCGCGCGCGGAGCCGACGACUACACGGCGUUCGUGUACGCCGGGUGCUCGCAGGCGCGCUACGACCCCGGAUCGCAGUACGCGGCGGACGUGGACUCCACGCUGUCGUCGCUCGUCAACAGCGCGGGCUACACCGCCUACGCCAACUACAGCUCGCCGUCGGCGGCCUCCACGGGCCUGGUCGGCGUGUACCAGUGCCGCUCCGACCUCCCCGCCGCCGUCUGCGGCGGCUGCGUGAAGUCUGCCGUCUCUAAGCUCUCGUCGCUCUGCAACUCGGCCGCCGGCGCCGCGGUGCAGCUGCGCGCGUGCUUCGUGCGCUACGGGAACGACUCGUUCCUGGGGAGGCAGGACACGACGGUGCUGUUCAAGAAGUGCGGCGGCGAGAGCGCCGGGGACACCGGCGUCGUGGCCAUGCGCGACGCGGCGCUCGGCGCGCUCGUGGCGGCCGCGGCGCCCGCGGACGAGGGCUCGUACCGCGCGGGGGCGGCCGGGUACGUGCAGGCCAUGUCGCAGUGCGUCGGGGACCUCGGCGCCAAGGAGUGCUCCGACUGUGUCUCCGCCGCGGCCUCGCAGCUCAAGGCCGGAUGCGGGUACGCCUCCGCCGGGGAGGUGUACCUCGGUAAGUGCUACGCGCGCUUCUGGUCCAAUGCCGCCGCUGGCGGCAGCGGAAGCGGCAACGGAGUGCCAGUCGGAGGUGGCGCCGGCAAUGGCAUCGGUGGCGGCGGCGCGGGAGGAGCAGGCAAUGGAUACGCGUACGGAUUCGUGCCGAAUACGUAUGGCAACCACGAUGAGUCGGGGAAAACCCUCGCCAUCAUCAUCGGCCUAGUGGCGGCGGUCGCCAUUGUCAUCAUCUUCCUCUCCUUCAUCCGAAGGGCCGGCGGUGUUGGCGGCAAAAGCUAAGAGAAUGCAAGAGACGGUCACCACUUGGCUCAGAUCGGACCGGUCGGUGGCUUUUGCUUGAAAAUUGCUUUAGUCCAUCUCUCUCUCCCCUGCGCUUCUUUUUAUCUUUUAUGGUCUCUUUUGUCCUGUCAUUACAGGCCAAUACAAAGAGAAGCCAUGCUGAAACGCCAUUAGCUGAAAAAGGCAUCCAGUGUGCAGAAAUGUGACGUGAAGAUUUCAGCCGCUACCAACUACUAGUAGCCAGUAGCAAAUAAGCAAGAUAUAUUUACCCCAAAAAUAACAAGUGCGGUCUCUGCUCGUAUAUAUAUAUUGUACUAUAUUUGUUUAUUGAACCUAUGCAUGAUUUGAUGGUGUUGGUAUCAUCUCAUUGCAAUGGUUGGUGAUGCAUGUGGGUUCACGUACACUAUUCACUAUUCCUAGCUUGUUGAAG